UUUUGUUAUUUAAGUUCUUUUUUUAUUCUUAAUUCUUACCCAGUUGCUUUGGGGCUUGCAUAAACAGUUAACAAAACACGGCGCACGAGGCAGCCGUUUCGCUUUCUGUGCUUGUUGUUCUUGGCACCAGGUCAGUUCUAUGAACUUCUGGUGUCCAACUGGUAGGACCUGAAACUCUGUGUUUAACAAGUGCCUGUAGUCAAAACAGUUGGCGUGUGCAGGCUCGGAUCGCUGGUUCUGACUUGCAGCUGGUCAGCCGUCGGGUCCUGGACCGUGGGGAACCCCGAAUCCCGGUGCUCUGUUUCGAGGUUGGGCUUUGUUGGUGUUUAGUUGUUGGGGCUUUUUUCUCCCUUUUUUUUUUUCUUUUCUUUUUUUGCGAUGGCAUCCGUGCUAAUGUGGAUCGCUUCAGGUUCCAAAAGUACAACAUGUUUACAGUCGUCGUAGAAUCAGAUUAAGUUGGCAGCCUGAGUCGCUCUAGAGAAGACACGGGUCAAUGUGUAGGCCUUCUCCCUCGCCAGCAUCUCCACCCUGCAACUCCAGGACAUCCCUGGUACAGGUGAAAACCAAGGCCUGCCUCGGUGGCCAUCACUCUGCCAGCAGCACCUCAAAGCCAUUCAAAACGCCCAAAGACAAUCUACUUACCUCCAGCAGCAAACAGCACACAGUCUUUUCUGCGAAAGGAUCGAGGGACAAACCAUGCGUUCCGGUUCCUGUAGUCAGUUUAGAGAAAAUUCCUAACCUAGUGAAGGCAGAUGGUGCCAAUGUCAAAAUGAACUCUACAACCACUACCGCGGCCACCUCCUGCUCCACUGCAUCCUCUGCCGUCUCCACGCCACCUUUAAUUAAGCCGGUCUUGAUGUCCAAGUCAGUGCCACCUUCCCCAGAGAAGAUCUUAAAUGGCAAAGGAAUUUUAUCCACCACAAUAGACAAGAAACACCAAAAUGGCACCAAAAACAACAACAAGCCUUACAGGAGACUUUCAGAGAGAGAAUUUGACCCAAAUAAACACUGUGGAGUAUUGGAUCCCGAGACAAAGAAACCUUGCACAAGAUCCCUCACCUGCAAGACACAUUCACUAAGCCAUCGGAGGGCAGUCCCGGGCCGGAGAAAGCAAUUUGACCUCCUUCUGGCAGAGCACAAAGCCAAGUCUCGGGAAAAGGAAGUUAAAGAUAAAGAGCAUCUCCUGACUUCGGCAAGGGAAGUCCUUCCAAACCAAUCUGGGCAGGACUCUCUGCCAGGAUCUUCAGGGAGCUCUGGGCCAGAACCUAAAGUCGCAUCCCCUGCAAAAUCCAGGCCACCUAACUCUGUGCUUCCCAGACCAUCAUCUGCAAAUAGCAUAAGCAGCAGCACGUCCUCCAACCACAGUGGCUACACUCUGGAGCCCCCUCUGCCCCCAGUUGGAAGUGACCUCGCCAGCCGACUGUCGAGUGAUGAAGGGGAGAUGGACGGAGCCGAAGAAUCUGAGAAGUUAGACUGUCAUUUCUCCACCCACCACCCCAGACCUCUUGCAUUUUGCUCAUUCGGGAGCCGCCUCAUGGGACGAGGGUACUAUGUGUUUGACAGAAGAUGGGAUCAUUUUCGGUUCGCACUAAACUCCAUGGUAGAAAAACACUUGAAUUCACAGAUGUGGAAGAAGAUCCCUCCGGCGGCAGAUAGCCCCAUGCCCUCGCCGGCAGCCCACAUCACCACCCCUGUUCCAGCAUCCGUUUUACAGCCUUUCAGCACCCCCAGUGCUGUGUAUCUUCCUUCAGCUCCCAUCAGCUCGAGACUCGCCUCUUCUUACAUAAUGACAUCAGCCAUGCUCUCAAACGCAGCUUUUGUGACAUCGCCGGACCCGAGCGCCCUCAUGUCACACACCACAGCUUUCCCUCAUGUGGCUGCAACCCUCAGCAUCAUGGACUCAACCUUCAAGGCCCCAUCCGCCGUGUCCCCAAUACCAGCUGUCAUCCCUUCCCCAUCCCACAAGCCAUCCAAAACCAAAACCAGCAAAUCCUCAAAAGUCAAAGACCUGUCCGCCCGUAGCGACGAGUCUCCAAGUAUCAAAAAGAGGAAGCCGCAGUCUUCGACUUCCUCCUCCUCCUCCUCCUCAUUAUCCUUGCAGACCUCCCUCGCAUCCCCACUGUCAGGGCCCCACAAAAAGAACUGUGUUUUGAAUGCCAGUUCAGCUUUGAACUCCUAUCAGGCGGCCCCUCCCUAUAACAGUCUGUCUGUGCACAACUCAAACAAUGUGGGGGGCCCACUCAGUGCCAAACUGGAACCCUCGGGACGGACCUCGCUGCCCGGCGGCCCCGCGGACCUAGGGAGACACGUGGGCGCGGUGGGCGGCAGCAGUGACUCCUGUCCCCUCUCUGUGCCCUCCCUGGCAGGGGACCUCUCUCUGGCCUCACACAAUGCCGUGUCUUCUCUGCCCCUGCCCCUCUCUUUUGACAAAUCAGAAGGAAAAAAGCGUAAGAACUCGAGUUCUAGUAGCAAAGCCUGUAAAAUCACUAAAAUGCCUGGUAUGAAUAGCGUUCACAAAAAGAACCCGCCCAGCCUUCUCGCACCGGUGCCCGAUCCCGUUAACAGCACCUCCUCUCGGCAGGUUGGGAAAAAUAGCAGCCUAGCUCUGCCACAAUCCAGUCCUUCAAGCAUAUCCAGCCCAGGACACAGCCGACAGAAGACCACAAACAGAAUGGGCAGGAUAAGGACUCUUCCGUAACAAGACAAUGAAGCCACUUCUGAACCAAUGCCUGGCCACCCGCUCCCACCCCGGGAGGCCGAGGGGUGGGGGGGGGCAGUAAGAGUCUCUUUCCUGUGGCUCUGGCCUUUAUUCUUUUUUUUAAUUGACCAAUUUUUAGUUUUGAAGAAAAAG